ACGCGAUCGGAGCAUGUUCAGUAGUUCACUGGAAACGACAUCGAGUGGUCGACAAAAUAGCGCAAUGCUGCGAUACUAGUCGUAUCGCGUGGAACUAUUUCAGAGGGUGGUGGAGACAGGGUGAGCUGAGAGUACGGGGUGGCAGGUGUCGUCAUGUCAGAGACGUCCUUCCCCCAGCAGGAUGAAGGCGUGUCCGACAAGCGUGAAUCGUGCAGUCUCUGUGCUGAUGAUGGGGCUGAGGACCAGAUACCGACAGAGGUCGCGACCUUCACUGUUGUCCCACCAGACGGCGGGUGGGGCUGGGUCAUCGUGGCGGCAUCCUUCUUCUGCAACCUCGUCGUCGAUGGCAUCAUAUUCGCCUUCGGCAUGUUUCUCAGCGAUAUAUCUGAAGCAUUCGAUGAAUCGAAGGCCAAAGUAUCAAUCAUUGGAUCACUACUUGCGGGAUUUUAUCUUAUGGUCGGCCCAUUCGUGAGCGCACUAGCGAACCGCUACGGGUUCAGAACGGUGUGCAUGCUUGGCAGCGCUCUGGGAGCUGUCGGCUUUCUGCUGUCCUACUUCGCCAACAGCGUCACCUACCUCUUCUUCUCGUAUGGAGUCCUGGGAGGGAUAGGCUUCGGGCUCGUGUACGUUCCUGCUGUGAUAGCUGUCGGAUUCUACUUCGAAAAGUGGCGGGCGCUGGCAACGGGCAUCGCCGUAUGUGGCUCUGGGAUCGGCACUUUCCUCAUGGCGCCGCUGAGCACUGCGCUUAUUCAGGCGUUCGGCUGGAGAGGGGCUCUGCUCAUACAGGCAGGUUUGAUUUUGAACUGCGCAAAUCCCAUUAAAGUCGCUAUAGAAUGCACAGAUGCAGGAACCGUCGAUGUCAAAGAACAUAAAAAAUCUUCAGCCGAAGAAUUACCGCUGCUUCUACGAAUAAAAAUGGCACGAGAUGACCAAAUGAGGAAAUGCGAAUCAGUUUCAAGUUUCGCAGACAACACAGCGGCUGAGUCAAAAUCGGGUCCCAGAAGUCGUUUUCACAAAACCAGCAACAACAACAUGUAUCCAACAGCUGCUCAAGCCCUUACUAGAAGCACGACGGCACUGGCAAACUUCCAGAGAUUGUCGAGCCAUUCCCUGAACCUACAAACCAACGCACUUUACGAUAGUAAUACCAGUGACACAUCUCCGCUUAAAUCCCAAAAGCGACUGAGUGUGGCGUCUUAUCCGGACGCAGUUCAGCAUGAAGAGGAAGGUAAGCCAGUCCUAGUUGUGGGCCAGGUGCCCGAAGAAGUUACGAUUAAGAAAGUGGCAACUUUCACGGAGCUGCUUAAACCAGUGCAGGAGGAGAGACGAGGGUCAGACGAGCACACUGACAUGUUGGGGAAUGGGGACAGGACUACGGUUGUGCAGGCAGCUAGUAAGGCAGGGAAACGGACUAGAUCCUCGUCUGAAUGCAGCUCCAAGUCCAAAGAAGUAGGAGUCAGACCCUUCUACAGGGAUGAUAUAUUCUUCAGUGCAAGCUUACACAAGCUGCCACAGUACACGUCACAGGUCAGUUCUGUGGGUUACCACAUGUCGGUGACGCGACUUCCCUCCAAGAAGGACGUGCAGGAGGAGGUGUCUCAGAAGUGCCAAUUGUGCCCAGAGGCAGUAAGCCGUACACUGGCCACUAUGCUGGACAUGUCCCUUCUGAGGUCGCCUACCUUUCUGCUCCUGUCCAUCAGCGGCUUCAUAACUAUGAUGGGCUUCUACGUGCCCUUCAUGUACCUUACAGACCGUGCGGAGUUGAGUGGCAUGGAGCCGACGAUGGCUAUCUGGCUGGUGUCGACGAUAGGCAUCACCAAUACUAUCGGCAGGGUGGCGUGUGGUCUCGUGUCCAGUCUGCCGGGGGUGGACGCUCUCUUAAUCAACAACGUAGCCCUCACCGUCGGAGGCGUCGCCACAAUUCUCAGCGGCGUCUCACUUUCCUUCGGCUACCAAAUCUUCUACUCCAGCGUCUUUGGACUCGCCAUGGCAUGCUUCGCCUCUCUUAGGUCCAUCCUCAUCGUGGACCUGAUGGGACUUGACAAAUUAACGAAUGCUUUUGGUCUGCUGCUACUCUUCCAAGGCGUCGCCGCUGCAAUAGGAUCUCCUUUAGCAGGUUCAUUUAUGGACGCCACCGGCAGUUAUGACGCUUCCUUCUACUUAUCUGGUAGUCUCAUCCUAGUGUCUGCUUUUCUCUGUUAUCCUCUCAGGAGACUCAACAAAUGGGAGGUUCAGAAAUCUGGUAAUAGCCUGCCGGCAGACGUCUGAUUGACUCCUACCUCUUCUCGUACAAAAACUUAUUUUUGAAUUUUGCUCUUUAUUGAGUGCCUUUUAAAGUAGUUUUAUUAAAAUGAUUAUUUUAGAAAUGAAAUGGAGUCUUACAGCCCAUAUGGUGAUGCUGGUACUAUUAAUAUAAGACAAUUCUUGGAAUUUGAUUACGAUGAUGUUCCAAUUGUACAUAUAGAUCGAUCGAUCGACAAGGACAAAAUUCUGGAUCGUCUAACAAAUAGUUGAGGUUUACUCUUUGUAAAAUUACUUUUAUGCGUAUUUAUGAUGUUUUGAAGAAGGAACUGUCUGUACAACAAGAACAGUUAGAAUUUCAGCUUCCUGAUCAUCUUGCUAUGAUAUUUAUCCAUCUUGGAAAUGAAUUUUAAAUGUUCGUACUCCUGAUACGUGAGACUUGUGAGGCACUUUCUCAGAAGUAGGGAAAAGUCAUAUCAAAUCAGAUUUGAAUAUGUUAAUCACAAACCAAAGUACAAGGUUUUGUCAUAUUAAGACGGUCAUUGAUUGUAGUAUGAUAGUUUUUUUUACAGAUGUUCUUCAGAUAUUGUAAACCAUUUAUAUUACAUUGUUACCAACGUGUUAACUGUUAUUUCUUUUAAAUCUUUCAAUAUAUUUUGCAGUAACUAUAUUUUUAACUUAAACAUUGGAGGUGAAAACCUAUGAUUGAUUAGUUUUGGCUUGAGAUGCAGAAAGCCCUGGAUAUUAAAAGCAGUGUUAUACUGCACUACUGCAAUUUGUGGAGAUAAAAUCUACCAGAGGACGAAGUGUGUUCGAUACACUUUCAAUGAACUGGCCAUUGUAGUUCGUCAGCCAAAGUCGUUAAUUCAGUCUAGCGCCCAUAUUAGGACUAGGAUCCACAGGCUCUUUAUACGAACUGAUGGAUGACUCAUAAGUUUAACGCUUAAGGUAAAGGUUGACAAACUGCGGCUCUCGAUACGGAAGAGAGGACAAGGAUGGAAUUGUGUGCAGCAACACUUUGUAUAACAAACUUCAGAAACACUACUCUUCUAUUCAUAAUUAUCAGUUUCGAAUUAAUGUAUUAUUUUUGGCCCAUGAAAGCUUAGGGUGUUCGAAGUGUGAUCCACAAAUUAAAAAGCUCUUAAGUUCACUCUUGGUUUAAAUUAUUCAUCGCGUCAUUAUCAUUUACAUUAGAACACAAGUAAAUAUGUAUAUCAUAGUGAAUAAAAUAUUAUUUAUGAAGGUUGAAAUGUUUUAAAAUUAGGUUAAACGUUAAUUUCGUUGCAAUCCAAACAUUCAUCUGUGAUAGAUUUUCAACUCAUUCAACAUAUGAUUGUGUGAAGGUUGGAAGUGUCUGCAAUGAAGGCUGCCAUAACACUCGGCAAUUUGAUUGAAUAAUUUUCCCGUACAUUUUGUGAAAACUAAAAAAUAAUAAUAUGUAGAUGGACGAAAGAGAACGUUUUAAACUUCAACGCAUUUGGAAAAUGUAUUAAUGUGCUAUAAGUUUUGAAAGAGAUAAUGUAGUAAGUUAAAAUAUUGGCUGAUUCGGCAAUCCAAUUUAAAAGUUAUCAAGGAACUGUAAUUUUAUCAAAUGAGAAUUGCGGGUUAAAGUUUGGGAACAGACAAGAACAUGUUUAGAAUAAGCAUAAAUAUCUCCGUAAGAAAUAGACUAAUUCGAUGUUUGUAAUAAUAACCGUGCUGACAUAAUAAAUUUCUCUUAUUUGUUAAACUUUCAGAAAACUA